AUGGCUUGUUGCACUAACUCAUUAUUCUUGCCCUUCUCUUUCUUCACGUUGUUCUUAUUACUGCAUGCUUCAAUAUUGCAGGUUACGAGCAGCACUCACCAACAUCACAAAUGGAUUGGACCAAUCGGACACCGUUUGAUCAUUGUCGAUGCUCGUGGGACCGGUGAUUUCCUCUCCGUCCAAGCUGCCGUUGAGUCUGUCCCUGAGAAUAAUAGUGAGAACGUUCUAAUUCAGAUAAAAGCUGGAUACUACAUAGAAAAGGUAGUGGUACCAGCGAAGAAACCAUACAUAACAUUUCAAGGGGAGGGGAAGGAAGUGACGGUGAUUGAAUGGCACGAUAGGGCAGGUGACCGUGGACCUAAUGGUCAACAGUUGAGAACUUACAAUUCUGCUUCAGUUUCUGUCUUCGCCAAUUACUUUUCUGCUAGAAACAUUAGUUUCAAGAACACAGCACCGGCACCGUUGCCGGGGUUGGAAGGAUGGCAAGCGGUGGCACUGCGUAUCUCUGGAGACAAGGCUUACUUCUCUGGUUGUGGGUUUUAUGGCGCACAAGACACCCUAUGUGACGACGCUGGCCGCCAUUACUUCAAGGAAUGCUACAUUGAAGGUUCCAUCGACUUUAUCUUCGGCAAUGGUCGAUCCAUGUACAAAGAUUGCGAGAUACAUUCAAUAGCGACGAGGUUUGGGUCCAUAGCGGCGCAAGAUAGGAAUUCGGCAGAAGAGAAGACGGGGUUCGCUUUCGUGGGUUGCAGGGUGACAGGAUCAGGCCCACUCUACGUGGGCCGUGCAAUGGGCCAAUACUCCAGGAUCGUCUUCGCCUAUACUUACUUCGACAACAUCGUUGCCCAUGGUGGUUGGGAUGAAUGGGACGACCACACUACCACUAGCAACAAGACCAAGACAGUGUUCUUCGGAGUUUACAAGUGCUGGGGACCUGGAGUUGAAGCAGUCCGUGGGGUAUCAUGGGCUAGAGAGCUUGAUUACAAGUUGGCACAUCCAUUCCUUGCCAAGAGUUUUGUCAAUGGAAGGCACUGGAUUGCACCCACCGAUGCUUAGCCACACUCAUCUUUCUCCUGUUCUUAUUUCCCCCAUGAAAAUUUUUUCUUUCAGUUUAAAUAAAACUGCAUUCAUCUGUAAAGCA